AUGGUAAACAGUCACACCGUUAGCGUAUACGUCGGUGAUGGCACCAAGAUUAUGAAACCUUUGGAUGACCAGCCAACUAUCUUGACUUUCUUUCACUUGAAGGAAAAUGGUGUUCACCCAACCUGCAUAUCUGCACACUUUGAUACGAGCAAGCUAAGUGUUAAAGAGUGCCGGCGCAUUUCAACAAGCAAAGAGAUGAUUAAAUGUGCUUGCACUUCCUCAUGGAGUUUCGCUCUUGUGAAAAUAUCGGCGCAAUUUGAAUCGAGCUUUCUCGUGUAUUUUGCUAUUGGAAAAAUCGGUUCUACACUGUCUGUUGUGUGCCUAGCAUUUUCGCUGUUUGCGCUCACGUUCUUCAGAUCUCUUCACAAUGUACGGAAUACAGUUCAUUGCAAUCUGUGCUUCAGCCUGCUUGUUGAUUAUCUUGUAAAUUUGAUACGUGAGUGGUACGAUGAUCUUAUCAAACUGUUGCGCAUACGUGUUACCACUUUUGCAGAAACACUCUACUUUCACCAAUUCAAUGUAUUAGGUCUUUUCAUAGUACAGCAAUUUUCGUAA